AGUUAUAAAGCAGUAUCUCUGUUAACAUUUUACAGUCAGUCAUCAUUUUGAAAUAUGAAUUAGAACUCCAAAUUUCUGUUUUAACUCCCAAAAUUUGACGAAAAAUGUCCGCCGCAGUAGCACAGAAAAUUACCGAUUGCCUACAGACCUGCAUUAAGGGCCUCAACGAUCGCUAUGAGCCACAUGUGCGCACGCACCUGUCCAAGGUGUACAUGAUCAUGGGAAGUGCCAUAGCCGUGACAGCUGGGGGAGCCGUGUUUCAAAUGGAUGACGUUCUGGAUUUCGGUAUGUUGGCUGCUGUGGCAACAUUGCUGUUGGUUGUGGCGCUGCAUUUCUACAAAGAUGACGGCAAGAACUACAAAAUUCGCUUGGCCAUGCUUUAUGCCUUUGGAUUCUUCUCUGGCCAGUCGCUGGGGCCGCUGCUGGGAUAUGUGGGCAGCAUCGAUCCGCCCAUCAUUGUCACGGCCCUACUUGUUACCUCUGUGACCUUUCUGACCCUCUCCCUGACCGCACUGCUGUCCGAGCAAGGCAAGUACCUGUAUAUCGGCGGUACGCUGGUGAGCGUUAUCAACACCAUGGCCGUACUGAGUAUCAUGAAUAUGAUAUUCAAGUCAUAUGUGGUGCAAAUGAUGCAACUCUAUGUGGGCGUUCUCGUUGUGGCCGCUUUCUUGGUCUAUGAUACUCAGGAUAUUGUGGAGAAGUGCCGCAACGGAAACCACGAUGUCGUGCAGCACGCCAUGGAUCUGUUCUUUGACAUAUUGAGCAUGUUCCGUCGUUUGGUGCUCAUCAUGAAGAAAAAGGAGAACGAGGCACUGAACUGUCGCCGCAGGACUCACUGAGUCCGGUAGCAGAAAAAAAACAAAAACAAUCAAUAAAAACAAUAGCUUAAUCAAAAGGAUGUCAACGAUGCAAAACAUAAAACUAAUUAGGUUACAAAAUUUUCAAUUUUACAGAACUUCGAAAUUUCGUCUAUUUUCACUUUAAAAUGACAAUAUCAAAGGUUAUCGCAAUAAAUAAAUUAA